AUGGUUAUAAUAAUAAUGUUAUUAUUUAUUUUUUCAUGGGUCAGAAUUAGGCCCAAUACAGGGGCAUGGUCCUGUCUAAUAUCCAGCCCAUGGGGACAAUAUAAUGAAUGGAUGAGAGAAAUAACCACAAGAGGCACCGAAAUACAUAUACAUUCAAAUGAUAUUAAAAAAACCCCAAACCCACAAGGGGGUAGAGACAUGUUAGGAACUCCGUUUCAUUUUAAAGAGAUGUUUGGUCUCAAAUUAUGUCUCUGCUUGGUGUUUAUUUCACAGGUGGCAGCUCAAGGUUAUUUCUCACAAAUGGUUGGAGGCCCCGAGGGUAUGGAUCCUUUUGCACAACAGAGACAGAUGGGCAUGGAAUUUAUAGAUGCACAGAUGGAAGCAUCAGAAGCUUUACCACCAAUGCAACAAAAACAAUAUAUGAAACAGUUAAAUCGUCAGAAAAUGGCCCUCUCACAAAAUUAUGGUUACCAUAACCACCAACAAUACCAAAGAAGCAGUGCCAACAGAGCUGUAUACCCAAUUCAACCUAAACCAAAUAAUAUACAAACGCCGUAUGGAGUCUCCGGGGUGCAAAAUUCUGGUUAUCAAGGUCCGUUUUAUAUGCAACAACAUCGUCACGCGUACAAUGGUUUCCAACAAAAACCACAAACUAACGUAUUUGUAGUUGAUCCUCGACAAUAUCCUUCAGAACCCCAAAAGGCUGUCCAAAUACCAAAUCAAAGAAGUCAAAACAACCCGAUGUCUCCUAUCCCACAAACUGGACAGCUCCAAAUUAUGAUACCCCGAGUCUCUCGACCGAUGGUCAGACCAAUGGCUCCCUUCGCACAAUUACCACAAAUAAUAAUAGUUUCUCGCAGAAAACCUGAACUAAACAACACUCCUACACUUCAACCUACAACUCAAAAACUAAUACAAGGUAAGAAUUCCGCCAACAGGGAUAGUAAAUAUGAUCAAAAUUCCGGAACGACAGUGAAACCUCAAGUCACCACACCUGCAGAUGUCAGAUCUACGGCUCAAGCUAUCAUAACCACCCCAAAGGCUUCAGAUUCUGAACAAAAAAGGGACAUGAUAAAAACAUCAAAUUCCCAAUAUAUCACAAAGGAUAAGAAUGUAAACAUACACGAGGUCAUUGACGACGCCUUGAAGGCACAUAUUAAAAGUAAACAGAAAGCUUUAGAAGCAGCCCUUCAAACCCAACUCUUAGCUAAACAGAAAGCAUUGGAAGCUGCUUUAAAAACUCAGAUUCUUAAUAAACACAAGACUUUAGAAGCUGCUCUGAAUGCUGAAAUUAUGACUAAACAUCGGAAUUCUGAAGCAGCUCUUAGCGACCAGAUUCUUAAAAAGCAGAGAACUUUAGAGACUCUUCUCAAGGCGCAGAUGUUAUCUAAACAUAAAGCCCUCGAGGCCGCUAUGGAGGCUUUAACGAAACAGAACCUAGAAAAGGCUCAAGCUAUCAAGACAAUUGGUAUGACAGAUAAGAACCAGCCCCUUCAAAGUACAAAUAAUGAACUAACAGGUUCAAGUGCCAGUGAUAAGAAUAUAAAAAGUAAAUCUCAGGAAGCUAAACUUACAAAGAUAAAUCUUGGAAGCCAGGAUUCAGUUGACAAAAUACAACAAGUAUCCACAGUGCAGCAAACACAAAUUUCAAACAUUCAACCAAGUCGACUAUCUGCAAAAUUACGAAAUCAACAGCAAAUAUUUGGCAAGAGCCAGUUCAGAACGAGGGUUGGUUCAGACACACAGAGUUUGAUAAACAACAUGGGAGUAAAUAUAUUGGGAACUGUUCAACACUUGUCAAGAGGUCACCAAAUACAGGCGAAUACUCGAUUGAACGACUCCACUGAUAACAAAAAGAUUCCAAAUCAAGCUUAUGAAGAGAAAACAACAGAUUAUAUUGUAGAAUCAACUACAGUUCAAACUGUAACUUCUACUCCAAAACCGAAAAUAGUACAACCACCUGAAACAGUCCAGGAAUCUCAAAACCAACAACUUCCAAUAGCCACGAACAAUGAUGUGAACUCUUCGCGUAGGAUACCAAAAUUGGUGAUAAAGUUGUCAGGUAACGAGUCCAAUCAAAGAAACCUCUUGCGAAAUAUGAAGUCUUCAGAAAGAAACCAGCUGGUCAAUUAUUUUCUGAGAAGAAUGGUUCGUCAACCACAAAGAGAAACUAGUCGUAUAACGAGAACUGUGUCGGCUUAAGAAAGUCUGCAUUUCAGAAGGAUAUGUUCUAUUAUGUGUUAUUAAAUGGCAGUGAAAUUGAUACGGUAUUUGAAGUCUGAAAGUCUAAGGCCAUAAAUUAAACUAUCGAAUUAACCCUUCAAAAAUUUUAAAUUGAAUCCAUUAAGAGAUAAGGCCGAAAUAUUACACAUGUGUCUUUGUUGCAUGAAUGUAUUGAAAUCAUUACUUUAUUUUUGAGCGAAACAGUGGUACAAUUUACCGACAAAUAUCCGAGAAAGGACCGAUAUUGUCUUUUGUUUAAAAAAAUUUCAAAUGAUGACGACUUGUUUUUGCUUGUAAUAUCACAAUCGCUUUGUUCUUAAAAGUAGCCGCCGUAAAAUACAAACAAAAGCAUUUCUUUUUGGUUUCACAGACUUUCGAAUAAAUGUGUAUAUUAUAUUUAUUUAUUAAAACGAUUUUAUUAAUC